AUGUCUGAAAAGAUAGAUUCUUCCGAGCUUGUCCAUCAACAUGCUGGAACAUCAUCCAGUGCAAGUGAGCAAGAGCUCGAGGUCCCAUUGCCUCAACAAGAGCACAUCGACCCUUUGAUUCUUAGCAACAUUCAAGCAGAUGAUAGCAUUGACAACAACGCCACUCUUGCAGUCGGUUGGCGUUCAUCUCCAAUUGUGGAGAACCAAGCAGAUACGGUAGCCGCAGAUUGGUCUGGCACGAACAAUGAUCCCCAAGAUGAUACGGGACCGACCGUGGUUGCCUCAACAAAUACAGCAGCCGAAGACUGGGAUGAUGUACCAACCACGGAUGAUGGAUCCUGGGACUCUGAAACAUUUUCAGUUCCCAGCCCGUUUUCAAAGUCUAAUAAUGUUUUAGACAAGCGUUUCUUUCUUAUAGACUCGGUUACUAAGAUGAGUCUGUUUCUUUCGGUGCUAUCAAACAUCCAGAAUAGCUGGCGCCAAGAACUUUUUUGUGGCUGUAAAGGAAACGGAGUUGGAUUAUCGAGAGAUGGAGCCAUCACUUUCUUUACGAUGACCAUUAGGUCCUUGAAUACGACAUAUACCUUCGACGUUCAAGUCCUAGGCGACCAGGUGUUCAACAUGGUUGGUAACAAUGGUUUAUCAUUGAGGAUGAUUCUUGAAUCCAAAGAAUUUGGACAAGUUUGGUGGGAUGUGCGAAACGACUUCGAGGCGCUCUCUCACCAUUACAAUAUUCAUCCACACUUCGAUAUAGACCUUCAGCUUCUCGAUAUCAUGUCAACUAGAGGCAACAGAGCCAAGUUAAAUGGCCUGAUAGCCUCUGUCCGCAAAAACCAAGCCGGCGAUUCGAGAAUGAAUGACCUAACUAUGUGGCGCGGAUACAGUGGAACAUGGAGCACAAAGAAGAAAGAAGUGAAAGAUUAUCUUGACUGGAAUGGCUUUGAGGCGUUGGAGAUAAGACCAGUUCACCCAAUCGUGAUUCUGGGUUGUCGCAUCGAUACAGAGAUUCUGCCAGAAUUGUUUGAUCAUCUACUGCGACGUCUUUGGGAGACCACUAAUGAAAUGAAGAUGGGAUCUCCAGAGCUAUUUUAUAAUAUUGUUCGAGAGGAAUCCUGGAUCAGAGCUCAGGCGGUAUGGUCAAGAGAGAGCUCCAAUGUUUACGUCUCUGGUAUCUGCCGAGAGAUCAGAAAUCAUCCUAGGACUCGGUCACCACCAAUCUUUACGAUGUUACCACAAGUAGUCGCGGGAAUUCGAGAGGAUGAGUUUAUGAUCGGUUUUGAGUAA